UCUCCCCUCACCCACCUCCUGCUCAUCUGGUCCUCACAGCACUCUCUUCUCCCACAGACCCCUGCCCUCCAGAAACAAUGGUUGUCGCUGGACCCAGCUGGGACUCUGCCAGGCUCCAGUGCUCAGUCUAAGCGAAGGGCCCACUUCCAGCCCUGCUCUCCCUGCCUGUCAUGGCCACACUCAGCUGCUGCCUGCUUGUCUGGGGACACAGGGCCCCCAGCCCCAGCCCCGAGAGGUUAAGCCAGGCCCUCCAGCUCCAUUCCACAGGGGCGCUCUGGGCACCAGGCCCCUUUCAGACCAAGAGCAACUGAUGCCACAGGCAAAGCCCCUGCCCACCUGUUCCCUCAUCUGGCACUGCCUGCUCUGAGACCCAUGCGCUGGGUCCCCUUGGAGGUGCCAACCCUGUGAACCCCUCCCCUGUCCCCUGACUCUGAGAAGGCCCUGCCUACCCCCACCAUGUGUGAAGUGAUGCCCACAAUCAACGAGGGGGACCCCCUGGGGCCUCCCCAUGGCACCGAUACUGACGCCAACUUUGAGCAGCUGAUGGUAAACAUGCUGGAUGAGCGGGAGAAACUGCUGGAAUCCCUUCGGGAGAGUCAAGAGACUUUGGCGGUGACACAGAGCCGGCUUCAGGAUGCCCUGCAUGAGCGGGACCAGCUCCAGCGCCACCUUAACUCUGCCCUCCCCCAGGAAUUUGCCACCUUAACCCGGGAGCUGAGUAUGUGUCGAGAGCAGCUUCUAGAGAGGGAGGAAGAGAUAUCAGAGCUGAAAGCAGAGCGGAAUAACACAAGGCUGCUUCUGGAACAUCUGGAGUGCCUGGUGUCCCGCCAUGAGCGGUCACUGAGGAUGACUGUGGUGAAGCGUCAGGCUCAGUCUCCUUCGGGGGUUUCUAGUGAGGUGGAGGUGCUGAAGGCUCUCAAGUCGCUGUUUGAACACCACAAGGCCCUGGAUGAGAAGGUGCGAGAGCGUCUUCGGGCAGCCCUGGAGAGAGUUACCACCUUGGAAGAGCAGCUGGCAGGUGCCCAUCAGCAGGUGUCGGCCCUGCAGCAGGGGGCAGGGGUUCGGGAUGGAGUGGCAGAAGAGGAGGGGACUGUGGAGCUGGAUCCGAAAUGCCUGUGGAAGGACGGCAUGGGCCAGGUAGAGGAGCUGCAGGAGCUUCUGGAGAAGCAGAGCUGUGAGCUGAGCCAGGCCCGGGACCGACUGGUCACCCUGACAGCGACCGUGGCUGAACUUGAGGAGGAUCUGGGCACAGCCCGCCGGGACCUCAUCAAGUCAGAGGAACUGAGCAGCAAGCAUCAGCGGGACCUCCGGGAGGCUCUGGCCCAGAAGGAGGACAUGGAAGAGCGAAUCACCACCCUGGAGAAGCGCUACCUGGCUGCUCAGCGUGAGGCCACAUCCAUCCAUGACCUCAAUGACAAACUAGAGAAUGAGCUGGCCAAUAAGGAGUCCCUGCACCGCCAGUGUGAGGAGAAAGCGAGACACCUCCAGGAGCUGCUGGAGGUGGCAGAGCAGAAACUGCAGCAGACUAUGCGCAAGGCCGAGACGUUGCCGGAGGUGGAGGCCGAGCUGGCCCAGAGAAUUGCAGCUCUCACCAAGGCUGAAGAACGACACGGCAACAUUGAGGAGCACCUGCGGCAGCUGGAGGGCCAGCUGGAGGAGAAGAACCAGGAGCUGGCUAGGGUGCGCCAGCGGGAGAAGAUGAACGAGGACCACAACAAGCGGCUGUCGGACACCGUGGACCGGCUGCUUAGCGAGUCCAACGAGCGCCUGCAGCUCCACCUAAAGGAGCGCAUGGCAGCCCUGGAGGAGAAGAACACGUUGAUCCAGGAGCUGGAGAGCUCCCAGCGGCAGAUUGAAGAGCAGCACCACCACAAGGGGCGCCUGUCUGAAGAGAUUGAGAAGCUGCGCCAAGAGGUGGACCAGCUGAAAGGUCGAGGAGGGCCGUUCGUGGACGGCAUCCACUCCAGGACACACGUAGUCAGUGCAGCGGAUGUGGGGUUCUCCCUGAGCACCAGCACCCACGCACCUCAAGGUCUGCAUCGUUGCUACCCAGCACUGCGGGAAGAGCCUGCCAAGGACUGGGAGCCGUCUCCACUGCCUGGGGUGCUGGUCCCCACAGCCACCGCUGCAUUUGAGAGUGACCCUGAGAUCUCUGACGAGGACUUGCAGGGGGGUCUUCUGCGUUCCAUGGAUGCCGUCUCCCCCAGCAGCCACUCAGACGCCCAGACGCUGGCCAUGAUGCUGCAGGAGCAGCUGGACGCCAUCAACGAGGAGAUCAGGAUGAUCCAGGAGGAAAAGGAGUCCACGGAGCUCCGUGCCGAGGAGAUUGAGACGCGAGUGACGAGUGGCAGCAUGGAGGCCCUGAACCUGACCCAGCUGCGCAAGCGUGGCUCUAUCCCCACCUCUCUGACUGCCCUGUCCCUGGCCAGCGCGUCGCCUCCACUCAGCGGCCGCUCCGCACCGAAGCUGACUUCCCGCAGCGCUGCCCAGGACCUGGACCGAAUGGGGGUCAUGACCCUGCCCAGUGAUUUAAGAAAGCAUAGGAGGAAGCUGCUGUCACCAGUGUCUCGGGAAGAGAACCGAGAGGAUAAAGCCACCAUAAAAUGUGAGACUUCUCCUCCUUCCUCACCCAGGACGCUGCAGCUAGAGAAGCUUGGCCACCCAGCCCUGAGCCAGGAAGAAGGCAAGAGUGCUUUGGAGGAUCCGGGCAGCAACCCCAGCAGCAGCAACAGCAGCCAGGACUCCUUGCACAAGGGCGCCAAGCGCAAGGGCAUCAGAUCCUCCAUCGGCCGCCUGUUUGGGAAGAAGGAGAAGGGCAGGCUGACCCAGCUGAGCCGGGACGGAGCCGUGGGCCAUGUUGUGCUGACAGACUCCGAGCUUGGUCUGCAGGAGCCCAUGGUGCCUGCCAAGCUGGGAACCCAGGCAGAGAAGGACCGGCGGCUGAGGAAGAAACACCAGCUGCUUGAAGAUGCCCGCAGAAAAGGAACGCCCUUCGCCCAGUGGGACGGCCCUACUGUGGUCUCGUGGCUGGAGCUCUGGGUGGGGAUGCCUGCCUGGUACGUGGCCGCCUGCCGGGCCAAUGUCAAGAGCGGCGCCAUCAUGUCAGCCCUGUCGGACACGGAGAUCCAGCGGGAGAUCGGCAUCAGCAACGCGCUGCACCGGCUCAAGCUCCGGCUGGCCAUCCGGGAGAUGGUGUCGCUGACCAGCCCCUCUGCCCCGCCCACCUCCAGGACUUCUUCUGGGAACGUCUGGGUCACCCACGAAGAGAUGGAAACUCUGGCAACGUCCACUAAAACAGACAGUGAGGAGGGCAGCUGGGCUCAGACCCUGGCCUAUGGGGACAUGAACCACGAGUGGAUUGGGAACGAGUGGCUGCCUAGCCUGGGGCUCCCCCAGUACCGCAGCUACUUCAUGGAGUGCCUGGUGGAUGCUCGCAUGUUGGAUCACCUUACCAAGAAGGACCUGCGGGUCCACCUGAAGAUGGUGGACAGCUUCCACCGAACCAGUCUUCAGUAUGGGAUCAUGUGUCUGAAGAGGCUGAAUUAUGACCGGAAGGAGCUGGAGAAGAGGCGGGAGGAGAGCCAGCAUGAGGUCAAGGAUGUGCUGGUCUGGACCAAUGAUCAGGUGGUUCACUGGGUCCAGUCUAUCGGGCUCCGGGACUACGCAGGAAACCUGCAUGAGAGUGGUGUGCACGGUGCUCUGCUGGCCCUGGACGAGAACUUCGACCACAACACGUUGGCCCUGGUCCUCCAGAUUCCCACACAGAAUACCCAGGCACGCCAGGUCAUGGAGAGAGAAUUCAACAACCUGCUGGCCUUGGGCACAGACCGGAAGCUGGAUGAUGGGGAGGACAAGGUGUUCCGACGUGCGCCCUCCUGGCGGAAGCGCUUCCGGCCGCGGGACCAGCACGGGGGCGGCGGCGUGCUCGGCGCCUCGGCCGAGACCCUCCCUCACUCCCACUAUCUCUACGGACACAUGCUCUCCGCCUUCCGGGACUAG